AUGAACGAGACCACUUAUGUGAAAGCCACGGAUGCAGAUGCAGGCCUCUAUGGCUUUGUUGAAUAUUCUCUUUAUGAUGGAUUCCAAAGCUAUGGAGCACCUCAGGCAUUCCAGAUUGACCCACACGAUGGACGAAUCUGCAUUUCUCUAGAUAUCGACAGGGAGAGAGAUCCAGCCACAUAUGACCUUUUGGUGAAAGCCAGAGAUGGGGAUGAGCUUGUUCAUCUGGCACUUCUGAAAGGUGGACUAAGUGCCCAAGCUUUUGUUCGUGUGGAACUCGAGGACGUGAAUGAUAAUCAACCUGUGUUUAACCCAUCAACCUAUGUGACAAGCAUCAGUGGCCAAACCCAGCCUGGCACUGAGAUCAUCAAUGUUCUUGCCACCGACAGGGAUUCUGGGGUGUAUGGAACAGUGGCUUAUGAACUCAUUCCUGGAGAACUGUCAUCCCUUUUUAUCAUUGACUCCACAACAGGAAUAAUUUAUUCAACAUCAACUCUAAGCCAUUUGGAAUCUACGACAGUGUCGCUGAUUGUCUGUGCUCGAGAUGGUGGUGGACUCACAUCUGCCGUUAAUGCUGACAUCACUAUACACAUUCUUCCGACAACUCUGGUACCUGCUGAGUUUGAAAGACCCAAGUAUACUUUCUCAAUUUAUGAAGAUGUGCCUGAUGGUAGUCCUGUUGGAACAGUGAAAGCAACAGAGCCCUUGAAUUCCACAGAGGCAAUCUUUUACCGAAUCACUUCUGGCGAUCUAGAUGGAAAGUUCUCUAUUCACCCUUGGCUGGGCUAUAUUCAUACCCAGAAGCCUCUGGAUCAUGAAACGCAGCCCAUUAUUGUGCUCACUGUCCAGGCACAGCUGGACAGUUCCACAGUCUGCAGUAGCACGGAAGUCAACAUAACUGUUCUCGACGUCAAUGAUAAUCACCCUGCUUUUCUCACAGAUACUGCUGAGAUUAAAAUAUUUCAGAGCACGCCACCUGGCACAGCCUUGUACCUCGCACGAGCAAAAGACAAAGAUAGUGGUCUGAACGGGUUUAUCCGAUACUCCAUUACUAGCCAGACUCUAGGCAUCUUCACCAUUGACCGGGACCUUGGUGUGGUAUACCUCAAUGAGAGUCUGGGUGGAAACACAGCACAGAAGCACACCCUGACACUCAUGGCUGAGGACCAGGGAGUUCCUCCUCGGGCAUCCCUGUUAGUGCUGACUGUAGUUAUUGAAAAACAAAGAUCAAAUCCUCUCUUGACAUUUGAAAAUUUAGUCUACCAAGUAGAAGUUAGUGAGUCCCUCUCAUUAACUACCCACCUGCUGCAAAUACAGGCAUACCCACUUAGCCCACAGAGCACAACUUCACAGCUCAUGUAUUCACUGGAGCCCAGCAUAGAUUCUGCUGCAUUUGGCAUCAGCCCUUUCACGGGUUGGAUUUAUUUGCGGCGACAGCUUGACUAUGAAUCUGCACAAAUAUAUCAUUUUAGAGUGUUUGCCUGGAUCUCAGAUGACAGAUUAUUGCAAAACGUGAGCACCUCAGUAAUUGUCCAUGUCCUGGAUGAGAAUGACAAUUCCCCUACCUUCUUGCAGGAUGUGUUGUUUUUGAAAGUCACGGAGAGUCCUAUUCCCCAAGGGGUAAUAGGCAAGAUUACAGCAGUUGACAAAGACUCUGGGAAGAAUGGACAACUCUCAUAUUUCCUUUUGUCUGAUGGGAAAUUCUUCAAGAUGAAUUCUAAUACAGGUGAACUUGUAAACUGGGUGGCAUUGGAUCAUGAGCACCAAGGACACCAUCAGGUGACUGUCCUAGUAACUGACCAUGGCUCUCCACCGCGAAAUGUAACCAUGGUUGUUUAUAUAUCGGUUGUUGACAUCAAUGAUAACAAGCCAUAUUUCCCACAAUGUCUGCUUGGGGAGGAAUUGCACAUCAAGGUUCUAGAAGGUCAACCAGUAAAUAUGUUAGUUACAACCGUGUUUGCAAAAGAUCUUGAUGAAGGAAACAAUGGAGAAGUUAUAUAUUCUUUAUCUUCAGGAGAUGGUUCUGAUCACUUUAAGAUUGAUGGCAACAGUGGUGAAAUCAGAACAACUAGAAUCCUGUCGUAUGAUUAUAGACCUUCCUACAGGGUUACUGUGAUUGCCAGUGACCAGGGUAUGCCUCCCCUUCAAGGACAGGCAGUUAUUAAUAUCCAGGUAAUACCACAACCCAAAGGGAGAGCUGUCAUUUCCCAAAAUAUCAGACAUCUAGUUAUACCAGAAAACUUAAAGCCUGCAAAAAUAAUGAGCUUAAUAAAGUCACCUGACCACCUUCAACAAUAUCAUAGUGGAAAGCUACAUUUUAGUAUCAUUGCAGAUGACAAGGAUGGCCAUUUUGAAAUUGACAGCUCAACUGGAGACUUGUUCCUUUCUAAGGGACUUGAUUAUGAAAUGACAUCUCAUUAUCUUUUCAGGGUGGUUACUAAAGACCAUAGCAAAAAUCCUCCCCAGAACAGCACAGUCUUUCUUAGUAUUGAUGUGGAUGAUCAGAAUGACCACUCCCCAUCUUUCCAGGAUGAGUUCAUUGUGAUAAGUAUAGAAGAGAAUGUUCCUAUAGGUACUCUGGUGUAUGUCUUCAAUGCCAAAGAUGGCGAUGGCAGUUUUCUGAAUAGUAGAAUACAAUACUUUAUUGAAUCCCAUCACCCUGGAAUGAACCCAUUUCUCAUCCACCCCUCAUUUGGAACAUUGGUCACUGCAUCCCUCCUUGAUAGAGAGAGUGUUCCCACCAUCAUCCUGAAAAUAACUGCAUCUGAUCAGGCUGUAAAUGUGACAGACCGACGACUGAAGUCACUGAUGGCGAAGGUAGUGAUUUUAGACGUGAAUGAUCACAGCCCUACGUUCAUGUCCUUCCCCACUGCUCAAGUCAAAGAGGAUGUCCCAGUGGGCUACGUGGUACACCACAUAACUGCUCAGGAUCCAGAUGAAGGAAGGAAUGGAAGAGUCAUAUACAGCAUCCUCUCAGGAAAUGAAAAUAUGACCUUUAACCUAGAUGAGACAUCAGGCCUACUAACUACAACAUGUUUUUUGGAUCAUGAAAUCAAAAGACAAUACAUUCUGGCCCUUCUGGCAAAGGAUGAUGGCAUACCUGCACUUUCUUCAUCCCAGACCUUGACAAUCACUGUACUUGAUGUAAAUGAUGAGCCACCAGUAUUUAAGCAACACCUGUAUAAUGCUUCAGUUAAAGAAAAUCAGAAUCCCGGAGAGUUUGUUGCUAGGGUGGAAGCUAUGGACAGAGAUUCAGGAAUCAAUUCCAAGCUUCAGUUUGAAAUCAUGCCAGGUGCUUCAUUUGGGUUGUUUGAGAUCAAUCCUGACACGGGAGAGAUAGUGACAGCCACCACAUUCGACAGAGAAGUUCAGGAAGUCUUUACCCUCAGAGUACUCGUGCGAGAUAAGGGCAUCCCUUCAUUGUCCAGCACCACAACAAUGAUCUGCACUGUCGAAGAUGAAAAUGAUCAUGCACCACAGUGGAUUGUCUCCCGGCAUGGCACAGAGGUGCCAGAGAACCGAGAGCCAGAAGUCAUCUACACUGUUCGAGCCAUUGAUAUGGAUGCUGGCAAAAACGGAGCUGUCAAGUAUCAUAUAAUUGCUGGAAAUACUGAUGAGUCCUUUGUUAUUCAUGAAACCUCAGGAGAACUCUCAACUUCACGUGCUUUGGAUCGGGAGCAGGUCAACAAUUUUACUCUUGUCAUCCUGUGCUCUGAUACAGGGGAUCCCCCUAGGAGCUCUGUGAUGCAGUUGCAAGUGAGGGUUUUGGAUGACAAUGAUCACAGCCCUUCCUUCUCCAUGCAUCAUUACCAGUCCUCUGUAAGAGAAGACACAGCCAUAGGAACCGUGGUUCUUGUGCUCUCCGCUACAGAUGAAGACGAAGGCCCAAAUGGGCAAAUUGAGUAUUUUCUGAUGGGUGAAGCAUCGAGUGCUUUCACCAUUGAUCCUGUUACAGGCAUAUUGAGAACUUCCCAAACCCUCAACCGAGAAACCAGAUCCCAGCAUCUGUUUAGGGUGGUGGCCAGAGACUGUGGUGUUCAGGGCUUGAGAAGCUCCACAGCAAUUGUAGAUGUGCACGUCACUGAUAUCAAUGACAAUGAUCCAGUUUGGGAGCAGAACCCCUUGGAUAUUUUUGUUUCCCUGCAGUCACCUACAAGCCUGACGAUUGCCAUUCUGAGAGCCACUGACCCAGACCUGGGACCCAAUGGAACUGUCACUUUUAGUUUUGCAGAAACCCAGUCAAUAUUUUCUGUUGAUAAGCAUACAGGAGAAAUUCAGCUUCAGCAAAGCCCACCUUCAGAAUAUUUUCCAAUAUGGGUGCAGUUAAAGGUUAUGGACCAGGGCGUUCCAGCCAGGACAACCACUGGUCUCCUGGUUGUUCACAUGGAAGGAGAAGAUGCGAAGCUCUCCUUCACUCACCAUCUCUAUAAAGGGAACGUGACGGAAAAUAGUGACGCAGGUACUUCCAUUGUGACUGUUACAGCUUUUUCUCCGGACUCAAUUGGGAACAGCAUUAAAUAUUCGAUUUUUAGUGGAAAUGAAGAUGGAGUGUUUUCCUUGUGCCCCAAGUCAGGAGAACUCACUGUGAAAGAACCCAAGUUUCUUGAUUUUGAAGUCAGAAGUGAAGUACAACUCAUCAUUGUAGCUGAAAGAGAUGGGCAUAGAGCAUACAGCAAAGUAGUAGUCUUGAUACAAGAUGUGAAUGAUAACUCACCACGUUUUAAGCAGAACAUUUACCAUGCUUCAGUAUCUGAAGGCUACUUCUACGGCGCUCAUGUCAUACAGGUUUUUGCUACUGACCCUGACAGCGGGUUAAACGGCCUCCUUGAGUAUUCUAUUCUUUCUGGCAACCAGAGAGACACGUUCCAGAUUGACAAAUGGACAGGUGUGAUAACAACAAGUGUGAGUCUGGAUUACGAGUCCACCAGCUCCUACAGCUUGAUUGUGGAAGCCACAGAUAAAGGGAUGCCCCAGCUUUCUGCUACAAGUUUGGUCAGGAUAAGGGUGAUUGAUAUAAAUGACAAUGCCCCAACUUUCCUUCCCUCUGAAGCAGUAGAAGUGGCAGAAAAUUCUUUGCCUGGUGUAGUUGUGACUCGGGUAUCAGUUCAUGAUGUGGAUUUGAAUCCAGCUUUCAUCUUUAGUUUCACCAAAGAAUGUAAUCCUAGAACUAAGUUUGCUAUUGAUCCGAAUACUGGAGCCGUGAUUCUGGUAAAAGCAUUGGAUUUUGAAGAAGCUACUGAAUAUGAACUGUUCAUCCAAGUUUCUGAUUUGGUGCACCACGUGGAGGGAAUGCUACUGAUCCGUGUAUUGGAUGUCAAUGAUAACCCACCAGUGUUUUCUCCAGAUUUCUAUCAGGUGACAGUUCCAGAGUCAGCCCCUGUGGGGUACUCAGUGCUGACUGUAUCAGCCGAGGACUUGGACAGCAACCAGAAUGUUUCCUACAGAAUCCUCUCUUCUUCUAAGGAAUUCUCAAUUGACCCUAGGAAUGGUACAAUAUUUACCAUCCAUCCUGUAUUACUUCUGGAUAAAAUAUCAUCAAUACAAUUACUUGUUGAAGCCAGCGAUGGUGGGAAUCCUGAGCUGAGUGCUCUUGCAUUAGUAUUAAUAGAAAUACAGGACAUGAACAACUAUGGUCCUGAGUUUACAACAGAACACUACAAUCUUAGUUUGAGUGAAGAUACCCUAAUUGGAGGCACACUUGUCACAUUUUCAACCUUUGACCAUGACUGGAUCCAUGAAAACACACAUGUUGAAUAUGCCAUCAUCAAUGGUAAUUCACAGAAUUUUUUCCACGUGGAAACUAGUUUCACUCCUCUAGAUUAUCCUUACACUCAAGUUGGGCAUGUUGUUCUGGUUCACAGUUUGGACAGCGAAGCAAUUCCCAGACAUCAGCUUGUCAUUCUGGCAUUUGACCAUGGUUGCCCUCCCUUGAGUUCUACAGCCAUCAUAUCCAUAGAAGUACUUGAUGUCAAUGAUAAUCCACCUAAAUUUACUCAUCUGGAAUAUCAUGCCCACAUCAAGGAAAGUACCCCAGUAGGGAGUCACAUCUCUGUGGUCUCAGCAAAUGACUGUGACAUAGGUUCAAAUGCUGAAAUCUUCUACCACUUAAUCUCUGGAAAUGAAAGGGGCAAUUUCCAGUUAGAAGAAAAAACUGGAAUUCUGUAUUUGAUCAAACCUCUGGAUUAUGAGGAAACAAUAAAAUUCACUUUAACGGUCCAAGCUUCAGAUAAAGAAAAGAAACAUUUUGCUUUUGCAGUUGUAUUUAUCAAUGUUCUGGAUGAUAAUGACCACUCACCUCAGUUCAUGUUCCCAAAAGUGAACUGUGUUGUUCCAGAAAAUCUGCCUGUGUCUUCUACAAUAUGUUCUGUAAAUGCUUUGGAUUUUGACACAGGUCCUUAUGGAGAAUUGACAUAUUCUAUUUUGUCACCCUGUUUUAGUACUGUUGGACAAUCUUAUGGUCAUGAUCUCUUCCUCAUUGAUCCUUUUACCGGAGAUAUUCAUGCUAAGCAAAUCCUUGACUAUGAACUUCAAAAUAAAUACUGCAUCACAGUUCAAGCAAAAGACAAAGGUGAUUCAACAGCCUCCUUAAUGGUAUGGGUGGAUGUUGAAGGGAUAGAUGAAUUUGAACCUAUUUUCACCCAAGAUCAAUAUUUUUUCAGCCUCCCAGACAACAGUAAAGUAAGACAGUUGAUUGGUAAAGUGGAAGCAACAGAUGUAGAUGCUGGUAUUGAUGGAGUUAUCCUUUACUCCCUGGGAUCCUCAUCUCCUUUCUUUUCAGUAAAUAAAACUAAUGGAAAUAUCUAUUUGACUAGAGCCCUUCCUCCAGUAAAAAGUCAAGUUAGUAAAGAAGACACCAUUGAAAUGAACAUAAUCGCUCACAGUCCAAAACUGGAUUCCAAGUUUACAUCUUGCACUGUUUUUGUAAAUGUGACCUUUUCUCCUGAAGGAAAGCACUCAGCAAUAUUAGCCAACAGCUUUUCAAUCAUGCUUAUGGUCUCCUUCCUAGCAUUUCUGUUGCUGGUAUUCAUUCUUAUUAUACUAGUUUUAAGACAUAAACAAAAAGAUUCAGUAAGCAAUUAUGAGGAAAAGAAAACCUCAUCUUCCAUAGAUGUCAAUUUGAGAUUGACUGGGGAUGCCAACAUGCUCAAUGCCUUCCAGAAAAUGAAUGAUUGUAGUAAGGAUGUGGUGUCCAUGGACUCCACGCCUGAAUGGUUGAAUUUAGUAAGCAUCAUGGAGAAGGACAUAAUCCAACUUUACAGGCACUCAAAUUCCAGUGGCCACUGUUCUGUGGAAGGAGAAAGUGCAGAAGAUAAGGAAAUCCAGAGGAUAAAUGAACACCCUUACAGGAAGGGCUCUGAUUCAGCCCUGAGUGAUCGGGAUUCCAGAGUGCCAGACUCUGGAAUCCCAAGGGACUCAGACCAGCUCUCCUGCUUAUCUGGAGAAACUGACUUGGCAGUCACCGCAGAACCAGCAGAAACCAGUCAUAUCUUGGAGGCAAGAAAUGGAGGAGGAGGCCGUGACACAACCUAUGUUCAAAAUGAUUUGGUACCCCAUGCACUUCAGAAGACAGAAGUAAAAGAGAACAUCCUAGCUGAUGUCAGAAAAGAUUACAUCCUCAUUCCAGGUGAUAAGGAGCCAAGAGGUGCAGUUCCUUCUACUCUCAUAACAUCUGCCCAUGAAGUAAGGGGCAGCAGUACUUGGGAUCAUCUCCUCACUUGGGAACCCAAGUUUCAAACUCUUGCCUCUGUAUUUAAUGAUAUAGCCAAACUGAAAGAUGAACAUUUGCAUAUGCCUGGUAUUCCAAAAGAGAAGAAACCACUUGUGUUCCCACCACCUUUGAUAACAGCAAUAGCCCAACCUGGAAUUAAAGCAGUUCCACCAAGAAUGCCAGCCAUAACUUCAGGGCAGGUACUUCAGAAAGACCCAGGAUCGCCUGCUCUCUACCAUCUCAGUUCUCUGCCACAAGCUAUGACUCCUAGUUUUUCUCCAUCUCUUUCCCUAUUGACCAUACAGACUCCUACCGUGUCUCCACUGUUGUCAAAUAUGGAAUUAUUAGGAACACAUACAAGUGGUACAUGCCAUGAACAGAAAGCAGAAGAUGAAGUUCAAAUAUAA